AUGGGCGACGGCCCCGCUGGUGUCGGCAACUCCCUAGACAAUGUAACCGCGUUUCCGGCUCCAGUGAUGGCAGCCAGCUCCUGGAAUACGUCUUUACAGUAUGAAUUUGGCCAAGCACUCGGCCAGGAGCACAUGGGCAAGGGUCGUAACAUCGUCCUUGCGCCGACUAUCAACAUCCUUCGUUCUCCCCUUUGGGCUCGUGCCGCCGAGGUGCUAUCCGAGGACCCAUGGCUGACCGCACGCAUGGCGGUUGCUGGUACAAUGGGAUACAGAGUCAGGGCGCAUUGGCGUGUCCGAAGCAUCUCGCAGCAUACAAUCAGGACACGAACAGGUCCGGAGUGGGUGACGGUUGAUCCUGUUGUCGAUAUGAGAACGAUGCAUGAACUCUAUCUGCCAGCAUUCAAGGCAAGCGUACAGGAGGGAGAUGCGGCGAGCGUCAUGUGCUCUUAUAACAGACUAAAUGGCUCAUUCACCUGCGAGAACGAUUGGCUUCUCAAUACUACUCUACGGCAAGACUGGGGCUUCAAAGGCUUCGUGGUAGCGGACUGGUAUUUUUCCACUCGAAGCACCGUCAAGGCCGCCAUGGCAGGGCUAGACAUCUCAAUGCCGGGCGGCGAUCUGACAAACAGCUACGGAUUCCCAGCAUACUACGGCGACCUUCUUGCUGAAGCUAUCAACAAUGGAUCAAUUUCACGGGCACGCCUCGAUGACAUGAUUGAGAGAGCCUGGCGGUACAUGUUCAAGCUAGGACAAGUCGACAAUCCGGUAAAAGGAGACUCUACGGCUCAUGUGCGCACACAAGAACACCUGGAUCUGGCGCAGCGGAUGGUUGAAGACGGCGCGGUACUGCUCAAGAAUGCUCGAGACACGCUACCUAUUUCCCCUGAGAAGUACUCCAAGAUUGCGCUUUUGAACCAUGGCGGCUUUGUUAUCGACUCUACCAUGGUUGUUCAAGCACCCCUUGAUGCACUCAAGCGCCGUGGAAGCACCGAUAACAUCUCAGUCGAAUACGCAGAAGCAUAUCCCGGUACCGGGCAGAUUCCCGCAGUCCCCUCAAGUUUGUUCCGGGACGGCGGCGUGAAUGUGACGUACUACAAUACCACCGACUUCUCAGGCCUUGUCAACAAGACAAACUUUGUUCCCAAUAUCACAAUCGCAACCUAUCCCUCUGAGUUGUGGCAAGCGUACCCGGAUGUCUUCUCGGCCAUCUAUGAAGCCACCUUUCUCCCAAACACGACUGGCAUGUACUAUUUCUCCAUGUACGGCCAGGGUACCGCACUCCUGUAUUUGGACGAUGUCCUUGUGGCGAACAUGUCAUACGCGAAUUUUGGUAACACCAUUCAAGGCAAUGCAUACCUCAAAUCCGGAUCCGAACUCCAACUUGUGCUUGAAUACAAUAUGGGUUACUCGUUGUCGACUGGUGGAUACGGCGUCACCCUCGGUGUAGACGUCGGCAAUCAGACACGUGAUUCUGCGGCCGAUGAGCUCGCUAGGUGGGCAGACUUGAGUAUAAUUUUCGCUUCUGAUCAACUUUCGGAAGGCGCCGAGAGGGGAUUAGGCCUCUCUCUGCCCGGCGAUCAAGACGCGCUUAUUAACCGACUCGCCGGGAUCUCAAAAAGAACGGUAGUCAUUCUCAACACGAAUUCAGCGAUCCUCAUGCCCUGGAUUGAGGAUGUGGAUGGCGUAAUGGAGAUUUGGUAUCCAGGCCAACAGGUUGGUCUAGCGCUCGCGCAUCUUCUUUUCGGUGACGUGAGCCCGAGCGGAAAAUUGCCUUUGACAUUUCCGAGAACUCUGGAAGACACCAUACAGAUCAGUACAGACAUCGAGGUGCCCUACUCGGAAGCCUUAUUCCCCUUCGGACACGGGCUGACGUAUUCUACGUUCAACUUGGAAGGAUUGGAGGUUUCGUUGAAUAAUGAUACAUUCGUUGCCAGGGCAAGCCUGAGAAACGAAGGAACACACAGCGCAAAGCAGGUUAUUCAGCUCUACGUUGGUUAUCCCGAUGCCGCCAAGGAACCACCAAAGCUUCUGAAAGCGUUUAAAAAGACAGAAGUUAAGGCUGGCGAUGUUCAGAUUGUUGAAAUGAUCGUUAAAUUUGAUGAUCUAACAAUAUGGGAUAAUGACACUGAGGGAUGGAGAUUUGUGCGCGGCCAGUACGAGAUCCUCUUGGGAUUUUCGGCAACUGACAUCCGGUUAAAGCAGACUUUGGAGAUAUAG